UAAUAUUGCAUCCAGACGUUUCUUUUUAAUAUCGAAUAAAGUAAUCUUCCAAUCAUUCAAAAGCCCAUUGGAUCUACUUGGGGAUCAUAAGAUUUAUCAAUGGUUGUGCAUCUAUCGAAAACAUAGUUUAAGCAAUUGUGGCAUUCGAAAUUACGUGCAUACCCAUUCUUCGUUUGUGCCUACAGUUCAUGAUUCGUCAUGUUUUUAUGGUUGGAACGCAUGUAUCUGGUCACGUGGAUUUGAUUUUUCAUCGUUUAUGAAAUAUUAUUUAAUUAAUUCGUCGUUAAUAUAAUGGAAAAUGGCCAACAUCGAGAUUCUUGCUAAUAUUUUAUCUACUUUUGAUGGUAUUCGCUCGCCAGAACAAAUAAAAAGUGGAGAAAAUAAAAUCGACGUAAGCUUUUACAAAGCCGUUACAAAGAAUGUUUAUGAUUUUGCCAAGGAGCUAUCCUGUAAAGAGGAGAAAUUUUAUAGCAAUACGAAUGCAUUGCCAGAAUUAGUCACAGAAGGCUUCGAUGAGGAGCAAAUUUGGCAGCAAUUGGAACUGCAAAACGAGGGCGAGAUAGCACACUUCUUAGAUAAAAUCCCAACAAUUUUAUCUGAAAGUAAGAAAUUGGUGGUUCCGGUGAGCUCUAAAAAGCCUAAAUCUAUACAGAUUAAAAAUGACAAUUUAGAUCAAGAGGAUGAAGGCAUGUCCGAGGAGAAAGACUCAGAGGACGAGGAUGUAGAAACUAAAAGCAAUUCAAAAAAGAGAAAACAUAAAAAGUCCUCCAUUGUAGAUGACAAAUUCUUCAAGUUACAAGAUCUCGAUGAAUAUUUAACUAAAGAAGAGAGAAAAGAGAAACAAGGAAAGGAAAAUACUGAAUCUGACGACGAAUCAGUAGAUUUAUUUAACGAUGAUUCCGAGGAAGAAGAUGGAGAUAACGCUGAAAAGAAAUACAUAAAGUAUGCAGAUUUCUUCGAUACUCCCGAAAGUGAGAAUGAACAGGCUUAUGAAAGUAAAAAUUUAGAUCACAGUAUUAAUGAUUCUGAAGAGGGAGAAUUAGAGGAUGAAGAGAUGGAUCUUGACGAAGAGGACGAAGAGGAUCAAACAGUCAGAAGAGUGAGAUUUAAUCUUACUAAUGACUCAGAUGAGACAGAUAGCUUGGAGAAUAAAGUGAAUCAUAAUCAGAAGGAUAAAGAAGAAAAGAUGGAGGAAGACAUAGCGCCGAAAUCCACUUUGGAGUCUCGUCAAGAAAGGCUGCAAAUGAGAAUUAAAGAAUUGGAAGAGGAAGCAGUCAGUGAGAAGCCAUGGCAAUUGAAGGGCGAAGUAAGUGGUCCAAAUCGACCGCAGAAUUCCUUGCUGGAGGAGUUUGUGAUGGUUGAUAUAAAUACAAGGCCAGCUCCUGUGAUCACCGAGGAGACUACUAUAAAGCUGGAAGAUAUAAUCAAGCAGCGGAUUAAGGAUAAGGCUUGGGACGACGUCGAGAAGAAGUUCAAGCCAGUCGAGACACCGUUGGAAUAUAAGAAAAAAUUGAUACUAGAUCAAGAAAAGAGCAAGGAAAGCUUAUCGCAAAUUUACGAAAAGGAAUAUCUGAGGCAAAAGCAAGCGUUAGAUCCAGAGAACAAUGAGAAGAAAGAGGAAAUGCCACAAUUGCAUAAUGAAAUUCGACAAAUGAUGCGUUCUCUAGUCUCUAAAUUAGACGCGUUAUCUAAUUAUCAUUACACUCCCAAGAUGGCUAAACCAGAAAUUAAAAUCAUUAGCAAUAUACCUGCAGUUAACAUGGAAGAGGUGGCACCUGUCGCGACCACUGAUGCUACUCUAUUAGCACCUGAGGAAAUUAAAACCAAACCACGCGGCAAUCUUAUCGGUAAAUCAGAACGGACGAAAACCGAUAUGAAGCGCGAGAGAAGGCGAAAGAAGUCGAGGCAGGGUGCUAAACAGCAGGCAAUAGAAAAGAAGGAGAAACUCAAAGCAUUACAACCAGGAAUCGCUAAAAAGUAUAAGGAUAAGAAAGAAAAGGCUGCAUUGCUUAAAAAAUUGACGAAGGAUAAAAAUGUUACAAAGUUAAACGAAACAACGCACAAAGUCGCGAAGUCCUCUACUGCAUUUUUCACGCAAUUGCAAGAUCAAGUAAAAAGUAAAAUAAAAAUUAAAAAAGACAAUUUGUCCAAGAAAAAUACUAGCGCUGCUUCGGCUGUAAAGUUAAAAUUGUAAAUUAUGUAGUUUACAUUUUUAAAUUUAUUUAAAUAAAAUUAAAAUGAAAAA